ACUACCUGUAACUGCUGCAAUAGAAUGUGGGCGAAGUUUUCUCUUGACUGGACAAAGGUAACCAUGAACUCCAGAGUGAUUCCUAUCAUGACCUCCAUGCACUGAUGAUGAAAAGGAGAAGAUUGCGGGAUUAUUUUGUUCAUGAUUCCUGGAGAAUGGAUGGCGAGCCCUUCACCUCCAGCCUUUUCUCUUCUGGGAAUACUCCCUCAGAAACUGCCCUUACACUGGAACAGAAGACAACCUUUGUCUUUGUAGUUUUGCUAUUUAUUUUCCUCGGCAUCCUCAUUGUGCGAUGUUUUCGAAUUCUCCUAGACCCAUACAGGAGUAUGCCAACCUCCACCUGGGCAGAUGGGCUUGACGGAAUAGAGAAAGGCCAAUUUGACUAUGCUCUGGCCUAGAGCCAAAGAUGUCACGACAUUCUUUAGAAG